AUGCUUCCAAAAUUUAGUAAAAGGCAGUGGCUCACUCUCAUCGUUUUCAGCAUUUCCGAUUUUUGUAAUGCCAUUUGCGUAUCACUCCAAGCUCCGUUUUAUCCAAAAGAGGCUGAAAAAAAAGGAGCGACGGCAACGGAAUACGGUUUAGUUUUUGGUAUUUUCGAACUCGUCGUAUUCAUAAUAAGUCCAAUUUAUGGAAAACACCUUAAUAGAAUCGGUCCGAAAUUAUUAUUCAACGGUGGAAUAUUCACCGUUGGAAUAUGCGCCAUUUUGUUUGGACUCUUAGACCGGAUACAGGGAAGACAUUCUUUCAUAACUCUUUCGUUUCUAAUAAGAAUCGUCGAAGCCAUGGGAAAUGCGGCUUUUCUAACCGCGAGUUUCGCCAUCAUAGCAAAAGAAUUUCCCAACAACGUUGCCACGACUUUCGCAUCUUUAGAAACGUUUUUCGGUUUGGGUUUGAUCGUAGGUCCGACCGUAGGUGGAGCACUCUAUCAGAUCGGCGGUUACACGACUCCGUUUGCCGUUUUAGGCUCUUGUUUGUUUUUAUCAGCAAUUAUGACGUCAUUUAUACUACCCGAUCAUGGGGAAUCCGAUGUGAAUUCAAAAGGAGGAGGUAGUCUCCUAGAAGUCCUUAAAAUUCCGGGUGUUUUGCUAGCCGCUUGUAGCAUCGUCGUCACAUCCGUCAGUAUCGGAUUUUUACAAGCCACUCUAGAACCUCAUUUAAGACACUUUAAUUUUCAACCGGUUAUUCUCGGUUUGAUGUUUGUUAUUAAUGGCGGAACGUAUGCUUUGACUGCACCUUGUUGGGGUUGGUUGUGUGAUAAAAAAGUUCAUCCGAAAAUGGUGACCGUCGUCGGAUGCGUUCUCAUCAUUUUUGGAUUUCUUCUAAUUGGUCCUGCACCAUUUUUCUCGACACCAGCAACAAUCGAAUUGAGCGUCAUCGGUUUGGUCGGACACGGUUUUGGUAUAGCUGCACAAUUGGUCGCUUCUUUCACGGACGCUCUGAGAACUUCCAUAUCUCAAGGAUUUUCAAAUAAUUUGGAAACGUACGGUCUCAUAUCCGGUUUGUGGACGUCGACUUUUGCACUCGGAGCAUUCAUCGGUCCAUCACUGGGUGGGAUUUUAUACGACACGAUCGGAUUUAAAAAUGCGACGAUGGUCGUCGUGACGUUGAACGCAUUCGUCGGUAUUUUGGUCGCCGUAUUCAUAUCCUGUCGAAAACACAGGCAACCCUACAAACAAAUUCCAAACGAUUCGGAAAAAACAUUGAUCAAAGAAAAUGGUAACACGAGUCAUUUGUCCGGCAAAUCAGGUGGGAAACCGGGAAUGAGCAACGGAGUACUCAUAGAGAGGCCACCUGGUAUGAGUGGUCUCAUAGCUUGCAACAGUUACAAGAACCGACACGGAACGUGGCACAAGAAAGAAUCCGGAGCCGUUCUCAUCGGUCCCUACAGCACGAGUUACGGAAGUUUAGAAUCGAGAGGAGGUUUUCUAGCGAGCGUCGCUUGA